GCUCUCUCAGCCAAUCUUCCAAACUUGGUCAUGUUAUUCGUUCUGCCGCCAAACACGGAGCUUUAAACAACAUCCAUCACACACACACACACACACACACACACACAGGAGUGGGCUCUGGUCUUUACUCCGUUUCUAUUUUAACUGGACUCGCUCAGACAGCAGCCAUGGCUCGCUGCAGGAGCUACUUGCGAGGACUUGCUAUCUGUGUCACUGUAUUGCUACUGGUGUCUGGGUUUGUGAUGAUUGGUGCUGCUUUUUCCUCCAUUGAUGAUAUGCCUGUUGCGGAGUUGUUUGACCAGCUGUCCAGUAGUAAUGGCUUACUGGUCCUGCAGGUGUUUGGUCCACUCACAAUGGUUUUGUCUGUUCUGGGCAUAUCUGCUGCCUCUUUGGACUACAAAUAUUUGCUGUUGGUGUUUUCUGCUCUGACAUUUGUGGAGUUUGUGGCACUAAUGAUCGUUGCCUCACCGCUGGUUCAGGUUCAAGCUCAGAUGGACUUUGCCGUGGAUGAAUUGUUUCUCAAUGUAACACCCCUACACAAAGCAGCUGAUGACAUCAAGGAAGAAUUAAACAAGCUUCAGACGUCGGACUCCUGUUGUGGUUUGAGGAAAUUUGAAGACUGGGAGAAUCAGCUUCCUGUUUCCUGUAUCUGCACACCUCCCACAACCACCUAUACCAGGGAGUCAAGAUCUCAGCCUGGUAAUUCCAGCUCAUAUGAGCCUUGUGUGAUGGUGGGCAGUAACCACAGAGUGCAGUUUGUGCACUCCAAGCCCUGUGGUCCCAUCCUAAAGAGCUACUUGAGUUUCCCAGUCAAGCUCAGGAUAGGAAUCAUUUCAGCUUUCACCACUAUUGCAAUAACAGCCAUUGCUCUGUGUCUGGCUUUGGGUCUGGAGAAAUACUGGAAGAAGCCUCCAGUUGAAACUACAGUCGACGACUACAACAGAGUGAAAUACCAACCUAAACCUUCCCUCACCUGACCUCUGACCCCUUUUCACCCAAAAUUAAGACAACAAUACCAAUGCGCUUCCACUCUCUGGACUUCUGGUGCUGAUGAGAUGGUCCAGAAUGAACAAAUGGUGCUUUAUGGAGCUGUUGCCUGAAAAUGCUAAUUUUAUAGUGUAAAAAAAAAUCCUUCUUGAAAUGUUCAUCUUGUGUUUGAUGGAAGGGGGUCAAAACAAUAGAUGCCUUAAACUUUUUCAUUGUAGCAAAAUACCUUCCUGUAUUCAGUAGCAGAAGCAAAUUUCUAACAGCAGCAUCCUGAUGGCAUCACCUUCAACCACCACAGCUGCUACCCGUAUCCACAUGGAAAUUUCUGUUACUGUUUAAACAUGCUUCUGGCAUCUCGUUAGCACAAAGCAGGUGCCAUCAGAGUGUCCUGUCAUUAAUCUUACCAGGUAAUUUGUGUUUUUCCAGAAUGACAGUCUUUUAUGGGCAUAAUCAUUGUUUAUUGGAGGAAAAUCUAAAGGAUGUUAGUUUGUUUUAGACAUAUUUUUAAGAUAAAUUGGCAAUCACUCUAUUUGCAAAUGCUAAAAUAGAAAGUCUGGGUUUUUUGGUCUAGAAUCACUUAUAAAUAAUUAUUUGUGUUUUUUAGGACUGUCUCUGGACAAAUUGCUACCAUUUUCUGAACAAUCACAGUAACAGAGGGUGUAACGGCUCUCCUGGAUCUGCUCCAUAUUAAUUCUGAUUGGUUGUAAAACUUUUUGGGUAGGCAAAUGUUAAAUGGACUGGUUCUUAUAUAGCGCUUUUCUACUCAUCUGAGCACUCAAAGCGCUUUACACAACUUGUGCAUUCACCCAUUCACACCCAUUCACACAAGCACAUCUUUCUAAGUGCUUUCUA